AUGACAGGUUACGGUGCCGAUUACUUACGAACGGCGAAUGGAGACCAAUAUGAUGAUAGGUGUUCCAGCGCAAGCGAUGAUGAUUAUAACGCAGUUGAAGUCACUUUUGAUGCGAGCAGUCCCAAUCGGAGAAAGAGCUCUAUGAUACAGAGCGAAGCGGCUACAGCUCAAUUCGCCACAUCCAGGUCAAAACCAUCUGCAACCCAGUGCUUAGUACAUCAGUUCCUCGAGGGUCAUAGGUAUGAUAGACCUAAACGCGCCAAUAGAGACCAUGACAAUCAUAAACACGAGGAGAUUACGCGUGAGGUGGGCCUGGAUGAAUACGUUGAGCCCAAAGGAAAAGCUGUUAGCCAACUCGAGCUCCCAUCGACGACAGAAGAAGACAGUGAUGCUAGCAAUGAUCGAGGUCAAGCCGACGAGCAGGUAUGGAGGAAAGCCGUCAAAAAAGGCAAGGCUGGUGUAGACCACCACCAGGGCCUCAACAGCCGUCUCCUUACCAAGAAGCAACUGACCGACAUGGCGUGGGGAGUUCGGGAGCUUAGUAGAAGACUAGGAAAUAUAAAACUAAAGUUCAAGGCUAGGAGCAUCUUCCUCCUGACAAAAGCGUAUGACCGCGAAUUAAUACCGAAAACGAGAGAGAUUGCGAAAUGGCUCCUUAGCAAGGACAGAGAUGUUCGGUAUACUGUCUAUGUGGAAGAGAGCUUGCAAAGCAAUAAGGAGUUUGAUGCGCCCGGCCUAUUGCAGGAACUCCGCCAAGAAUACAUCGACGUAGGUCAGACGGACAGCGAAACCCCAGAAGGUACAUUAGAAGGUCGCUUACGCUACUGGGCCGAGAAAAUGUGCCAUGUGCGACCACACACAUUUGACUUCGUCAUCACCCUUGGAGGCGAUGGAACUGUGCUGUAUGCGAGUUGGCUAUUUCAACGGAUAGUACCGCCAGUCCUGAGCUUUUCACUAGGCAGCCUCGGAUUCCUCACCAAAUUCGAUUUCAACGACUACCAGGACAUACUCUCCACGGCCUUUAGGGACGGCGUAACAGUAAGCCUGCGUCUACGGUUCGAAGGAACCGUUAUGAGAAGUCAAAAGAAGAAGGCCAAUCAGUUAGACCAAAUUCAGUCCGAAGAUGAGAAAGAGGCUCACCGUAAGCGAGACCUGAUAGAGGAACUUAUCGGUGGGGAUCGGGACGAUGAGCACACGCACAGGCCGGACGGCACUUAUGAGAUUCUCAAUGAAAUCGUGGUAGACAGAGGACCCAAUCCAACAAUGUCCAACAUUGAAAUCUUCGGCGACGACGAGCACUUCACGUCUGUGCUCGCGGACGGCGUAUGCGUGUCAACGCCCACGGGAUCAACAGCGUAUAACCUCGCUACAGGCGGUUCACUCUGUCACCCGGAGAAUCCAGUAAUGCUAAUUAGUUCGAUAUGCGCGCACACUCUGUCCUUCCGGCCGAUCAUUCUGCCAGACACGAUCGUGCUGCGACUUGGCGUGCCAUACAACGCGCGCACCAACAGCUGGGCUAGCUUCGACGGCCGCGAGCGCAUCGAGCUCUUCCCCGGCGACUACGUGACGAUCAGCGCCAGCCGGUUCCCAUUCGCGAGCGUCCAGCCCCGAGGACGGAGAAGCGAGGACUGGGUGAAGAGCAUCAGCGCCAAACUCGGCUGGAACACGAGACAGAAGCAGAAGAAUGAGGGAUAUGCGAAGUGGGGGAAUUAG